UAGUAAGUAGCAGUUGCUCCAGCAGCUGGCCUGCCCCUCCGGGCUGAGGACUGGGCUCCGUAUAUAAGGGAAGGAGCAGCCUUUGCCUUUCAUCCCUCCGUUCCCUUCCCUCGCCGGGCGCCAGGAGCUCCCCCCCUCCCCAGCACCUCCACAAAUCCCGGCGAUGCCGCUCAAGAAACCCGACCCCAAGAAGGAAUCGGGCAAAGCGGGCUCGGAGCCAUGCCGGGAGCCCGCCUUCGAUCCCAAGAGCGUGAAGAUUGAAUUCACAGCAGAGCAGAUCGAAGAGUUCAGAGAAGCCUUCGGGCUGUUUGACCGGACGGCGGCGGGGACGAUGCAGAUCAGCUACGGGCAGUGCGGGGACGUCCUGCGGGCACUCGGCCACAACCCCACCAACGCCGAGGUCCUGAAGGUGCUGGGCAAGCCCAAACCAGAAGAGAUGAACACAAAGAUGCUGGACUUCGAGACCUUCCUGCCCAUCCUGCAGCACUUCACCCGCAACAAGGAGCAGGGCACCUUCGAGGACUUCGUGGAGGGGCUGCGGGUCUUCGACAAGGAGGGCAACGGGAUGGUGAUGGGGGCCGAGCUGCGCCACGUGCUGGUCACGCUGGGGGAGAAGAUGACGGAGAGCGAGGUGGAGCAGCUGAUGGCAGGGCAGGAAGAUGCCAAUGGCUGUAUCAACUAUGAAGCUUUUGUCAAGCACAUCAUGUCUGGCUGAAAGGCUCUUGGGAAUGUUUGGAGCCACCUGAGCACCACCACGAUGAGCGAGGUCCCUCCAUCCGUGUCCUUCUCCACAAGACGCUCCACAUGAGCCACCACUCCUUGCUCUCCGUGUGUGUGUGUGUGUGUGUGUGCCCAAGGCAUCUGCAACCUGCUUUGAAACCUUAAGUUAUUGUUUUCAGUUUUUCUGGCUCAUUAAAUGAAGUCCUUCCUCCCUGG